AUGAUGGUGGAGAUCUAUGAGAGUGCAGAUGACUUCAGGACACAAACAGACUCCAAUACAAACAGACAACAAUCACUUCAGUGUACCGGAAGUGAAGCUGUGAGGCACAGAAGUCACAGAUCAGUUCUAGUCUGUUUGGUGGUGCUGUGUGUUCUUCUACUGACUGCAGUCAUAGUGCUGUGUGUCCUGAUCUAUACAUACAAUCACCAGUCUCACAACAACUACAUCAACAUCACACAAGAGAGAGACCAACUACUAACCAAAUAUACCAACAUCACAGAAGAUAGAGAUGAAUUAAGAGCCAAGUUCAAUAAUGUUACUAAACUAUACGAAGAGCUGAGGACACAUCUUUAUGAUGGAUGGAUUUACUAUAAAUUCAGUUUGUACUUCAUUUCAUCUGAGAAGAAGAACUGGACUGAGAGCAGAAGAUACUGUAGAGAGAGAGGAGCAGAUCUGAUCAUCAUUAACAACAAAGAGGAACAAGAUUUUAUUGAGAAGAAAACAAGUAAAGAAAGAUUCUGGAUUGGUUUGUCUGAUAGUGAUGAGGAGGGCAGAUGGAAAUGGGUUGAUGGCAGCGCAAUGACCUCUGGGUAG